AUGAAUCCACACGACUUCGAAAUGGACCUCUAUAAUGGCAGUAGCAGUGGCAUAGCCCAACCACGGCAACACCAGCAGCCUCUUGUAAACUCUUCUGGCGAGGGGUUCGAGGACGAUUCAUCCCUCCUCCUACCGAGUCUUGUCGAAACAAAUUUUGUGGAUAAUGUUUCUGGGACUGCUUCUUAUUACAAUGGAACCCCUAUGGCCAAUCAUAAUAGUGCAUGGCUCACACCAUUGUCAGCUCCAUGUCCCGCUGAACCGAUACAGUCAACUGACGUCUAUAGGUCCUAUCUCCCAGACCAGACACAAUUACGAUGGGAGGCAUCAGUCGAUCCAAAUGUCGCUUACUAUGCCCCCGUUCUUGAGCCAAUUGGAUUUACCUGCCCCGAGCCACUAAUCGCCAGUCACGAGGACUAUCGGAAGAAGAUUAACCCAGAAACAGGGAUUGCUAAAGGUGAAAUGCUAGCGGCUGUGGCCAAUGGGAGCACCACACCCGAAGGGUACUCGCGUACCCCUGAUGUGGCUUCAACCCCAAGGUCUCGUUGUCGUCGCGGUCCUCAAAGUGCUGUAAAGGGGGAGGAGAGCCUGGUAGGAAGGGAUCCACAUCAGGAAGACCCACUAAUGACCUCCUUUGAAGCAAAAAUCGAUGACAGACCGCCCUCGGCUUCUGCGUCUCUGCCCAUCUCGAAUUGCCUCAUUUGUGGUGACAAAGCGACAGUAAGUUUGAUCGUUCUUCCAAAAGGCAAGCACUACGGCGCGUAUUCUUGUGACGGGUGUAAGGGAUUUUUCCGACGUUCUGUGCGCCGAAAACACACCUACAGUUGCCGAUACAAUCGAGCUUGUACAAUCGACAAAGACAUGCGUAACCAAUGCCGUUUUUGUCGUCUGAAAAAGUGCUUUCGUGUGGGUAUGAAUCGGGCAGCAGUUCAAAAUGAACGCGAUAAGAUCAGCAAUCGGCGGCCAUUUUGCGACGCGUCAGGACUGAAUGGGAUGCUCAUCGAUAUCAGUACCCUACUUAGAGCCGAAGUUGAAUCCAAAGAGACGACUGAGACGAUCGAGGCGAAGGACCUCUCCUCUACUGGUCCACUGAGCCUAUCAGAAAUCUGCUCAGCCAUGAAAAUUCAUCUCCUUCGUUUAAUCAACUGGGCGAGACAACUGGACUGCUUUGUCAAUCUUGAUAUGCAAGAUCAGUUGACCUUGCUUCGUGGAAACUCGGGUGAAUUGCUCCUGUUAAGCAUGGUUUGGCAGGCCAUUAGCACCUCGACUCAACAUAUCGAUGAAACUGGAUCCUUCAACAACCUCUUCCAUCGGUUAAAUGUCGCGUUUAUGGAGGUGAUUAAGGGAAGCAGCGGUGGUGGUCGUAAUGAAUAUCCAGCUAUACCUUGCUGCGCCGACGAUAGCAAGUUGGAUGCUAUCCUCAAAGUAAUUGCUAAUACCAUUUAUCGACCACUUUUGGAGUUGGCCAUUGGAGAAACAGAAUUUAUCUGUCUCAAGGCAAUCAUUUUCUUAAGUGCAGGUCACCUUAAUCUCUCUCCCAACGGACGACUAACCAUAGAAGCGUCGCGAAGUCGACUGCAAAUUGAACUUAUGAACGUUAUGAAUGACAACCAGUACCUCCCAGAGGGUCGAUUCGGGGAGUUGCUUCUUCUAGUGCCCACAUUGCAACGGGUUUCAGGUUUUCUUGUGGCCCGAAUUGGAAGCGUUGCUACCGUUUCAGCGGCUGCUGCUGCUGCCGUUGCUGCAGCCAAUACCUCUGCUGCGGGAGAAUCAGAUGGGUCUAUCAAUUCACUCAGACUGGAUGACCUCUUGGGAGACAUACUUCUUUCAGGUCCAACGACACUAUUUGAUGAUCUUCAGGUAGAAAAUAACGGCACUGUGGCUAUGCCAUUUGCUUACCUGCCAUUCGAUCACAACAUUCGGUACAAUGGCGAUGGUGAUGCGCCAUGGCAACGCGAGGGUUCCACAAAACAGGGGAUAACUAUGGCUUUUCACCUUCAGCCUUUGGCUGCCACCUCUACAUGUUACCCUCAGCAGCAGCAGCAACAACAACAACAGCAAGAGCAACAACACCUUCAGAUGGCUCAAGAGCCCAUAAAUUUCUUUGAUAACGCAUUUGCUUAUCAAGAAGAUGCUGAAAAGCAUUGA